AUGCUCGGUAAUUGGGCGUCUGCUUUGACGCUGGCCCUUCUGGGCCCUGCGACCCUGGUGGGAGCUUUUCCCUCGGCCGACCAUCUGCACAAGCUGAUGGGCCAUCCGGGACAUGGACACCCACGCAAUGCAUCUGGAUGUCCGUAUGCCGCUCAUUUGAAGGAUUCCAACCAUGGCGGCGAAAUCGACAAGCGAUUCCUGUUCAGCCUUAUGAACGAACCCAUUGACAUCACCGGUGAACAUGCCUUCCAACCUCCCAACUGGGAACUUGGAGAUCAGCGGGGACCUUGUCCGGGUCUGAAUGCUCUGGCCAACCACGCCUAUAUCCCUCGUAGUGGAGUGGUGUCGUUCUUUGAAGUGAUCGGUGCCAUCAACAAGGUGUUCGGCAUGGGCGUCGAUCUGGCAACCAUCUUGGCCGUCAUGGGCACUGUCUGGACCGGUAACCCUCUUUCGCUCAAUCCCAGCUUCUCUAUCGGCGGACGGGACACUGGUGUGAACAACCUGCUGGACAACAUUGGAGGCCUUCUUGGCGAGCCCCAGGGACUGAUUGGCUCGCACAACUUCAUCGAAUCCGACUCUUCCAACACCCGCGACGAUCUGUAUGUGACUGGGGACAACUACCGCCUGAACAUGGACAAGUUCAUGGAGUGGUACAACAUGUCCACGGACGGCACCUUCAGCAUGGACCUGAUGGCCAAGCGCGCAAGCAUCCGCUGGGAACAGAGCAAGAACACCAACCCGGAUUUCUACUACGGGCCGGUGACCGGCCUGAUCGCUCGUAACGCCGGAUAUCUCUUCCCCGCCCGGCUCUUCCGCAACCACACCAAGGAGAAUCCGGAGGGUGUCCUGACCAAGGAGAUCGUGCGCAACUUCUAUGGUAUUUACGGAGAGGAAGGAAACCUCACCUACCGCGAGGGGUGGGAGCGGAUCCCGAAGAACUGGUACAAGACCCCUGUGGAUUAUGGCUUGGUGCAAUUGAACCUGGACACGGUGGACUGGGUGGCGAAGUACCCGGAGCUUGGAAGCGUCGGCGGUAACACGGGUGAAGUGGACAGCUUCGCGGGCGUGGAUCUCUCCGACCUGACGGGCGGCGUUAUCAACCUGACCAACCUGCUGGAAGGCAACAAUCUGCUCUGCUUUGUCUUUGAGGUGCUGAAGUUCGCCAGUCCGAAUGCGCUGUCGGGUCUGUAUAAGACGCUGGCAGAGCCUCUGGAGCUGAUUACCAACGCGCUGGAUGUGCCCUUGCUGAACAUGAGCUGCCCGGCGUUUGCGGACCUGCAGAUGGGAGGCGAGCCUUUCUGGGAGUCCAUCCAGGAUCAUUUCCCUGGCGCGCUGAAGAGCGGCAGCUCCUUGUAA